GAAAAAAAGCAUAUAACCUUAAAGAACAAUUUUUUUAAUAUUGUAAAGAGCAAUCAAACAAAAAAAUAAGCAAAGAACUCAAACACGGUUUCACAUGAAUCCCCAAUUUCAUUGCAAAGCAUAACUAAAAAAAAUAGUAGCUUUUUGGAGAUCGAAUCUGUUUUUCUGAUGGGUUUUGGCUGAGACUUCUUGAGAUAGAGAGAGAGAGUACUGAGUCUGUGUAAAGUUGAAAACUUUUUGAGUUUUUGAGUUAGAGAGAGAGAGAAAGGUGAGAGCUUUUACAGAGAAGGAGAGAGAUGGAGAUGAAGCAGAUGAAGUUUCUUACUCACCAAGCUUUCUUCUCCUCUGUUCGAUCAGGAGAUCUUAGUCAACUCCAACAGUUAGUUGAUAAUUUAACCGACGACGAGCUAAUCAUUGAUGAGUCAUCCCCUUCUUCCGCCGUCGCUGAGCUUAUGUCUGUGCAAAACGACACCGGUGAGACCGCCUUAUAUAUCGCCGCCGCUGAGAAUCUUGAAGACAUUUUCAGUUACUUGAUUAGGUUUUGUAGUUUGGAGACAGUUAAGCUCAGAUCCAAAUCCGACAUGAACGCCUUUCAUGUCGCUGCUAAGAAAGGUCACUUGGGAAUUGUGAAGGAGCUACUGAGAUUAUGGCCAGAGCUCUGUAGAAUCUGCGACGCUUCCAAUACGAGUCCGCUUUACGCAGCUGCGGUUCAAGAUCACUUAGAAAUAGUAAAUGCUAUGCUUGACGUUGAUCCAAGCUGUGCAAUGAUCGUGAGAAAGAACGGGAAGACAUCUCUGCACACAGCGGGAAGGUAUGGGCUUCUAAGGAUAGUGAAAGCUCUCAUUGAGAAAGACGCAGCGAUCGUUGGUAUCAAAGAUAAGAAAGGUCAGACCGCUCUUCACAUGGCUGUUAAGGGGAGAAGCAUGGAAGUAGUUGAAGAGAUUUUACAAGCUGAUUACACGAUAUUGAAUGAGAGAGAUCGUAAAGGGAACACUGCUCUGCAUAUCUCUACUCGAAAGGCCCGGCCACAGAUAACGAGCUUGUUGCUGACCUUUACGGCGAUUGAAGUGAAUGCGAUUAACAACCAAAAAGAAACAGCUAUGGAUUUGGCUGAUAAGCUGCAAUAUAGCGAAUCCGCUUUGGAGAUCAAUGAGGCGUUAGUAGAAGCUGGUGCUAAGCAUGGGAGGUUCAUUGGUCGGGAAGAUGAGGCGAGAGCAUUGAAGCGAGCGGUGAGCGAUAUCAAACACGAGGUGCAGUCUCAGCUUUUGCAGAAUGAGAAAACCAACCGCCGUGUCUCUGGGAUCGCGAAAGAGUUGAGGAAACUCCACAGAGAAGCAGUUCAAAACACGACUAACUCGAUAACGGUGGUGGCGGUUCUGUUUGCUUCCAUAGCCUUCUUGGCGAUAUUCAACUUGCCGGGGCAGUACUUCACGGAGGGGUCGCAUGUGGGACAAGCCGAUAUCGCGGGGAGAACUGGAUUCCGCAUUUUCUGUCUUUUAAACGCGACAUCGCUGUUUAUAUCGCUAGCGGUUGUGGUGGUUCAGAUAACUUUGGUUGCAUGGGACACACGGGCGCAGAAGAAAGUUGUGUCUGUUGUGAAUAAGCUAAUGUGGGCAGCUUGUGCAUGCACGUUCGGAGCAUUUUUGGCGAUCGCGUUUGCGGUUGUGGGAAAGGGGAAUUCAUGGAUGGCGAUUACGGUGACGUUGCUUGGAGCACCCAUCUUGGUAGGGACAUUGGCGAGUAUGUGUUACUUCGUGUUUCGGCAGCGGUUUAGGAGCGGUAGUGAUUCGCAGAGAAGGAUUAGGAGAGGGAGUAGCAAGUCGUUUUCAUGGUCUUACUCUCAUCAUGUUUCUGAUUUUGAAGAUGAAUCAGAUUUCGAGAAGAUUAUUGCUCUUUGAAUCUCAACACUUAGUUGCUGCUGCUUAAGCGUCUUUGUAUAGAGCCUCCCUCUUCUUGUUGUGUAUUCUUAGAAUAAAUGAAAGUAACAAUCUUCUUGUAGCAUCUGUCUGUAUCAUACAGUAUAUAGCAGCAAUAAAGUCGCCACCAGUAUACCAUAUCUGA